GUUCAAGGCAUAACACGGAGGGAAGGCGCACCCCAUCUGCAGUCCAUUCAGGUAAGUAUGAGUGCCGCCAUCGGGUGGCUCAUGCCUUGUCUAACCCCGGGCAGUAGCCAUGUGGUUAAUACAGCUAUGGGAGGUUAAUGCAAGGGUUAAUGGCUGCCCUCCUGGCAAAGUUAUAAAUAGUAUCACUAUUCCUCUCUAUGGCAAUCUCUGACAUGCUUUUUGAAACAGUAACAGUCUUGGGGGCCAGUCUCCAUUAAUGCCAGGAGAGUUGGCACCUCAUUAAUACCAGUACCCCUACCUCCCUCCCUGCAUAAAUACUGGAGUACUGGAGACCCCUGCUCAAUUGUUUUAAAUGUUAAACUCUUAUCAGAUUGAUCAAUAUUGCUUCAGAGGAAAACUCUCGGAAAAAAAAACCUCUCUUUCAAAUAUUAUGUUAGUCCAAUAAAAAAGGUAUCAUUGCAUACUGCAAUACUCUGGUAUUUUGGCAUCUUGUCUACUGGACUAAUACGGCUAAUCCAAUGUACACUAUAUAUAUAUAUAUAUAUAUAUAUAUAUAUAUAAAUUAUAUCACCCCAUUGAUUUAGAAAGCAAGAUCUAAACAUUUUGGGUAUAUAAAAUGGGAGCUAGGUACAAUGUGUGUGUGUAUUAUAUAUAUAUAUAUAUAUAUAUAUAUAUAUAUAUAUAUAUAUAUAUAUAUAUAUAUAUAUAUACACACACACACACAAACACAUUGUACCUGGCUCCCAUUUUAUAUACCCAAAAAGUUUGGAUCCAGCUUGCUUUAAUUGUAUGAAAUUGGAGCAAUAAAUCCCUUUUACAGAUAUAUUCAAAUUAAAUUGCAUGCAAUUAAAAUUCACCAUUUAGGCUACUAACAUAUAACUUAAAAUGCUAGCAGUUUGCAUAUUAGUGUAAAGGUUUCCAUAUUUUCACACACCUUAAGAAAUUUAAAACUACACUUACAUUUGGGGAGGUUAGACAUUUUGUGGUGCAAACACUAGAGAGAACAGGGUCAAAUUGAAAAUUACAACAGGAAGUGAUGAGUGCAAUAAUAAAUCCUUCCCCUGCUGAUUUAGAGUAUGUGUAACAUGACUAAAUAAAGCCUUUAUGUCAGUAAUCAAACCUAAGCGUUUAUAUUAAAAAAGAAAAAGAUUAAUACUCGCCCAAACAACCCUAGUGUGUGUAAAAAAAAAAAAAAAAAAGAGACAAUUUAUAGGGAAAAAAAUAAAGUAGGUAUAAAUAAAAUGGAUGGUGCUGUAAAGAGAUCUUAUUAUGAUAAUUUAAAUAGUAUUUGACAUUUUAAAAUGACAAAAUGCUAUUUUGUGAAUGGUAGUAUGGCUUUUCCCUCUUUGUCUUACACUACCCAAAAGUACUAAAUACCUCCAUGUCUACCUUUUACGGUCAUUUACUCCAUGUCUACCCUUUAGGGUUUUUCACUCAAAUACGUGUUUCAGAAUGAAUUUCAAAUUUUAGGCAAAAGACGAACUGAAAAGAACAAUUUACACUUUUUAUCGCCUUUUUGUCAAACUUUGUCAAGCCCACGGAGUUCAUGGGAUAAACACGUUGUCUAUAGAGGCUCCUGCAGUUUCCUCUGUAGAUUUCAGUGUUGCAUUCUCGCGCAUGCACGAGAGUACAGAACUGAUGUAGGCUCCUAUUAGAUGAAGCACCAGAAUCGAAACAGGAUCACACAGAACAAGAUGGCGGUGGCUGCGAGAGAAAUGGUCAGGUAAGUAAAACUCGCCCUUCCCUGCAUUCCACUGCUGCUGCACUGCAAGCAAGCAGCAAAGUCGCCAUCGGGGGUCUCUGCAAAAUAUGAAGGUCACCAAAAGGUGACAAAGCUGAUUAAACUGGUAAAAAAAAAAUUUACUUACCGCCAUUGCAAGACAUUGCCACCCAUUAUUAGGUUUAUUCAUACACACUGGGCACUCUUACCUCAAGGGAUUAAAAUGUUUUCGGAACGGUUUAACCACCAAGUUGCCUCUAGCGGCUAUGUCCACUCCUCCCUUGGCGGCACCCAGCUUCUGAAUUUUCAGCUUCAGGAAAUGCGGCAUGCCGCUGGACAGGGGCGCCGCUGACUGGCUGAGAGCGUUCAGCUGACGCUCUCAGCCAAUCAGUGACUCUACAUUCACUAAACUGGCUUUAGAAAGAAACGUACCUUUUCCAAGCUAGUUUAGUGAAUAGGGAAUCGCUGAUUGGCAGAGAGCAUCAGCUGAUCGCUCUCAGACAAUCAGCGGCGCCCCUGCCCAGCGGCACUCAGCACUUCCUGAAUCUGAAAAUUCAGAAACCGGAUGCCAAAAGGUGAAGACUGGACAUCGCCGCUGGAGGCAACUUUGGGGUUAAAACAUUCAAGAAUUUAAAUGAAGUUGCUAUGGUGCCUUGAGUGUCCCUUUAAAGGGAAAUAGAUUCUCUGGAGCAUAUUUAGUAGUUCCCUUAAAAAAAAAAAUUACCAAAGCGUGACAAAUUGCAAAUUAUAUUUAUGUCUCCAUGGCACUCUAGUGCAAAUAAAUAGUUUCAAUUAACCCUAAUUUCUUUGUGUUUGCAUGGUGGGACUCAUGUCUGCCAAAAAUACAAACACUUAUAUACUAAGGCAACUUAACUACAGUAUCAUAGGAAGCAUUAUUUUAAUUAAAUGUGCUUUUUAUGCCCUCACAGAAGUCACCUGGGAUGCCACAGAUACCAAUUUUAGUAGCUGAAACUUAUGGAGAACAUAGAAUAUUAUUCUCAAAUAUAAGAGAAGCGAUGUUCAUUAGCCAGGAAGACAUUACAUUUAUUUUAAAUUUUUAAAUGAUAUAAACCCCUAAAUAUAGAGAUAUCUGAAAGGCAGAGAGAGGCAGUUUCUAGACACACAGCCUACCUAAAGCAUCAUGGGAACUGUAGUUUCCCAUCCCCCCUGCUAAAGCUUGCCCUCACAGACUACUUUUAACACUGAGAUAAUAGGUCAGUAAUCUCCAAUGACAAUGCUUUUCUGUCUAAUUACACAUUUGGCAUGGGGGAAGGGGGAGUGGGGGCUAUUCAAUAAAACUGUGUUUUUUGUUUUUUUUUAGUUAACUGAUCAAUUGUAGUGAACUAAUAAACUUAGUGAGCUGAUCAAAUUUAGGUUAAAAUAGGCAAGUUUUUAUUAUAGCUGAGUCAGAGAUUAUUUUUCCCCUGAUCAGCUGCUUUUUGGUAAAGUUUGGAAUGUGACUAAUUCAGUUCUGUUUAGUGAAUAGAACCCAUACCUCCUCCCCCCCCCCCGCCCCCCAUGCCCCAUUAGCCAUUGCCUGCAGGCAGGUGUGAGCAUUCCAGGCAGGGCCAGCAGCACUCCCAUUAACCCCUCUCUCCCUGGAAGAUCAAUACAUGCUGCUGGUGUGCUCAGGCUUCCUGCUGUGCCUGGCAGUGAAAGGGUUAGCAGGGGCAGAUGCUGCAAUAAGAGUGGGGGGAGUAGUUAGCCCUGUUUUCAUUUCCUCUAUCCACACACACACACAUACAGAAGGCCAGCAUUUUGCAGAGAGUCUGGUAUGAUUCAAGCAGGUAUACUUUAUUUUGGCUUUUUGUGAAAUGUGCUUCUCUUGAGUAAUCUCUAUUGAAGGCUUUAGAAGAACAUGUGUAUGAGCCAAAGAAAUGUUUGUAAACUUAUUUAUUUUUGCUAAAUAACCCCCACCCUACCCCCAUCCUAUCCUCUGUUAUCAGAGGUGGGAUAGUGUGUGUUCUUGUAAUAGGGGUAGUUUAGUGAUUUAGAUCACUGUUAGUAUUGGUGAGGAAAAGUGUGUGUGUGUGUGUGUGUUUGUUUGUUGUGGUGGGUUUUUGUUUUUUUCACAAUUUCCUCAACCCACCCUACAUUUGGUAGAUUACUAUGUGGUCCUGGACACACAUGUCACCAUGAUGCAGGGAUCAUGGUGGUUUAUUAUAGUAAGGCUCAGAGCACUAUAACCAUUACUAUCAGCUGUAGUUGUUAUGGUGCCAGGGAUGUCUUGACUCUUUCCCAUGUUAGUCAACGAUCUAAGAACGUUUUGACUAGUUUGGUCUGCCAGAGGAGCUUCAUUUGGCUCCACUGAGCUAAGUCCUUCCAGCUUUCGCCUGCCGAGGAGGUGAUGAUGGUAUGAGCCCUAUGGUCAACAGGUAACCACAGUAACUACUACAGUAGGUUAUGGUGAAGUGAUAAAUUGAUGCUUGUGGUGCAGUUUUGGUUUUCUGUACACAGAGAUGAUUUACAAACUGUAUUUAUGGCUCUAUAACCGGUAGAUGAAUAUGUUGGUGUUUACCUAUGCCAGCUCACCCUAAAGUGUAAGGUUGGGAACAGGCAAAUAAAAAUUAAUAGCUGCUAUCCCUUCAGUUUUCCUUGAUUCACUUUGUCAUUCCAAGCCUUUCCAACCCCCCCUCCCUCCUGCACAGCAGGAGUCACACUCAUUGUAUGUGUGCAUAGAUUAAAUUCCCACACCCACCCAGUUUUUGUUUGUUUUGGGGGUUUAUACAUGAUGUCUUAAAACUCCCUCUUUUGCAAUCCUCCAGCCAGUAAUUGUUUUUAGUAGUAUUUUUAGUGUAAUGUUGUAAAUUUAAAUUAUAGAAUGGCUGUAAAUUUACUAAACCCAGCUUGUGCUUUAAUCUGAUUCAUGCAUUGCACUGUCGUCUCCAGGCAUUAGCUACCGUAACGUGUGGGGUGACCACAAUCGGUUGCCGGAACAGUGUGAUGUGCCUUGGGUAAUGUCUGAAACAAUCACAGAAGUGGAACCAGAACUUGGAGAACCGCCAAAGAUAGAGGAUGGCGAGGUGGAUGACCCAGUAAGACCAAUACUAAGCAAUUUCCCAUUUAUUAUCCUGGUGCCAAAGUGUUUUUGGUUUGUUUGGGUUUUUUUUUUUUCCACCAGCUUUGUGCCCGUUUGGCCCUCCUAUCCCUGGCUGGAGUAUCAUCUCUAUCCAUGGCAUGGGCAUUUGCAAAUACCAGACCCUAGACCAGGCUUAUGCAACCUUUGGCACUCCAGAUGUUUGGACUACAUCUCCCACAAUGCUUUGCCAGCAUUAUGGGGAUGUAGUCCACAACAUCUGGAGUGCCGAAGGUUGCCUAUCCCUGCUCUAGACUAUUGGUGCAUAAAAACUCCCAGGAUCCUUAGCUAUGUGCUAAAACCUGGCUAAUGAUGGUUCAUAGAAAUCUUCAAUGGCUAAUGGCUGGAGUUUAAGUAUUUUGAGUUCCCCCUUUCUUUCACACCUUCACACUAUUCUAUGCUAAUCAUUCCAUAAACCUCUUUAGAGUGUUUCUAUUUUUCAUUCUCCAAUGCCAUAUAUGACAAAUACCCAUAGAAGUAUCUAUUCCCCCCUUUAAAGUCUGGUGGCUGGACUGGCACGUGAUGCAUGGCAUUAGGCAAGUGCUACAGAUGCUGUAGCCAGGCUCUCUAUUAGCCUUUUUAGGGUCACUGAGCCAUCCUUUUCUCUUUGCAGGAGCUGAAGGCCAUUAAGAUGAGAGUACGAGAAAUGGAGGAGGAGACCGAGCGUCUUAAGGGACUCUCUGUAAAGGAGAAGUCUGUGUCAGCUAGCCCCCGGACUGGUACGAUUCUUAUCAUUGACUGCCAGAUUGAUGUGUUUUUAUAUUUACAUUUUCUGUGAAGAUCACUUUAAUAUUAUAAAGAUUUGUGGUUUGUUAAAAUUGUGAUGUUGCUACUAGGCAAAAAAGCCACUUCUUACAAAAAGACCCUACAUAUGCACUGCAAUAACUUUGAGAAACAACUCCCCAUUAUACAGUUUGCUUAUUGGUCUGUAGAUUUCCACAUGUCUUUUUCUUAAUAUCCUUCCCCAAAUACUGUGCGGUGAUCAUGAGAUCCUUCAGCAAGAUAAUUCAUCCUUAUCAGAAUCAUAUCUUGCACAUCCUUUAAAAUUCUCUUAUCUCUGUAGCUCUGCCUCUUGUUUCACCAGGCAUACCCCCUAUACCUUUGAGUGCGGAAGAGAAGAAGGAGGCUGACCAACGAUCUGUCUAUGUCGGGAAUGUAAGUUGUUUUUGAUGGUGGGGUAUUCACCAGUUCAAUUAUUUCAGUCUUGUUGAAGAACUAGGAUAUAUACAUACUAAACCAUCCUUGUUCUUUUCUACAGGUUGACUAUGGAAGUACUGCCAAAGAUUUGGAGUCCCAUUUUAGUAGCUGUGGCUCAAUUAACAGAAUCACUAUUCUGUGCGACAAAUUCUCCGGACACCCCAAAGGGUAACGUAAUAAAAGGCUGAGAUGUUUGUAGCAGACUCUAUCGUUGGUCAGGAUACACUCUGUGGACCUGGCAGCAGUUAAUGCAUCUAAGCUUUUCCUGUAUUGUGCUAAAUAUUCCCUUAGAGACCCUUUCUUUAAAAAAAAAAAAAAAACAUAUUAAAGUAAUCCCUUCCCAUCUCUAUGCUCGUUAAUGAGUUUCACAUUUAAGAGAUCCAUGAUUGUCACAUCUAUAUACCAGGAUAAUCUGUCUUAAAGGUAUAGCUUACAUUGAGCUACACUCACCCCGAUUUCCUAUGUAUUUAGUCAAAGCUUGCUUUCCUGUAUACUCAGGCAAGGCAUCCUGGCCUUCAUCUCCUUAAUAAAUUACACAAGAAUUCAAGAAUAACAAAUGAUUAUCCCAUCAUGUGUAUCUCACUCUGCACAGAAUUUUUUUUAUUUUUUUAAUUUUUUUUUAAAUUGCCAAUUAUUUCACUCUAUGGAACUUUAGGGCCAGAGCACAUUACUACUUUACUGGAAACCAAACCUGCACUUGUACAACUUCUAGUAGUCUAAAAAUUUUUUACAAAAAUUCCCCCAACCUUUGAUUUGCAUUUGUUUACAUUAAAGUAAAAUUGUAUAUUGAUCACAUGUUACAAUGCUAAAUCUCUUAUCUGUAAGACCUUCUCAAGUCAUUGCCAUGAAUGUUCCUUCACAUUGAAUCAUUCCUUCAAUGUACAAUCAAUGCUCUAUUCCUGACAGUCUUUGUCAGCAAGAUAUACAUGUAUUUAUCUUCCCGCUCCCCCCCACCCCACUACUAAUCAAGUGGGGUUUCCAGACCCAUUAUGGUUUGUCUUGAUGGGCAGUAACUAAAAAAUAUUUCCAUGUUAAACAUGUUUGUGGAAAGCAAUCUGUCCAGGAACAAUAAAAUGGACACUAUAGGCACCAAUGCGACCUUAAAUUACCUUUUGGUUUAUAAAUCAUGCCACGUUGUAGGAGUUACAUCACUUAGACUGUGCAGUGCUAGCCACACCUCUCUGCUUGUGACUUGCGCAGCCUUCCUAAACACUUCCUAAAGAGAGAUCUAAUGUUUACACUUGUGACUUGUGUAGCCUCUCAUUUAUAAUUUUUCUCCUGCUCUAAUAGCCUUCAAGCACCUACAGGAAUCUCCAUUGUGUAAUUAAAUUUCAAUUACAGAGCAGGAGAUGAUUUAAAAACAAACACUUAAGGUAAGUUGAGAUUUGAUUGAAAAUUAAACCAUUUUUCUUCAUGCAGACUGUCGGUCACAGCCAAGGGGGUGUGGCUAGGGCUGCAUGGACAGAAACAAUUGAUUUAACUCCUAAAUGGCAGAGUUAAGCAGUGAGACUGCAGAGGCAUGAUCUAUCUAAACUUCUUCAUUAAGCUAAAGCGGUUUUGGUGACUAGUGUCCCUUUAAUUGGUUCUGCUCUUUCAACAUAUGGACUUUAAAAACUGCAGGGCAUCACACUUCACUUGCUGCUCAUUGCAUGAAUUUGUAUCCAGGAAAACAUGGUAGAUCUUACAACCCUGUUCUGAUUUGGGGCAUUUUAAUAGCAAAAAUAAAUCUCAGAAUCUGAAACAACUGAAGAUUCUUAAAGUGCACAACCGAAUGUGACAAUCUAGAACAGGGGUCCUCAAACUCUGCCCCCCCGCCAGAUGUUGCCGAACUAAAACUCCCAUGAUUCUCUGGCUAUCUAUGUAAUUCAAACAAUCAUGGGAGUUGUAGUUCAGCAACAUCUGGGGGGCCAGAGUUUGAGGACCCCUGAUCUAGAAUUUAUACCAGAUCUCCCCUCUGAGCACCUACAAUGUACUCUUUACACAAGGCUGACCUUUUGUCCCUUAUGAUUUUUACAUGGGCCAGGUUGAUGAAUCCCAUUUCCCUCUCCACAUUCUGGUAUGGAGAAAAUUCUUCCCCCACUCAUUUCAGACUUAAAGCUACAGAUCUACUCUGAGCUAUUAAUUGUAUAUGCACUAUGCCUUCUGUUUUCCAGCUAUGCCUAUGUUGAGUUUGCUUCGAAAAGCUCUGCCGAAGCGGCUAUAGCAUUGGAUGAGACGGUGUUCCGUGAAAGAACGAUCAAGGUGAGUUGUGAGGUUCAAGAGUGAACUGGAAACAAUUUAAACAAUAUCUUAAUUUUGGUCAGCAAUUGGGUAAUAAUGACACCAAACCAGAGGUUGCUUAUUCCAAACUGCAGUGCAAUUUAUAAUUUUAUUAGCAUUCACCCAGCGAUGCAAUAAUGGCAUGCAGUGUUUCAAAUUGAACUGCUGCACAUAGACUCCAGGCACCGUGACCACUUCACAUUACUGGGGGUUGGAGUAACCCUUUAACGAAAUAUUCCAAAGGCUUUAAGCACUUCAACUAGCGGAAGUAGUUGGCAGUGUCCCCUUAUUCUUGCUUUAUAAAUACUAAAAAUAGAAACUCAGAUUUUUAUGAAGCAUCUGGGUUGCAGCCUACCAGUUUUGUAAAAAUUUAGGGGGCGGCCUUACUUGCGCACCUUGAAUGUUUAGUUGAGGUCGAACUGAAAGUUCCUCUGAGAAACGCAGCUAGCGAAUCACAAAACUGCCUUCCAACACUUGUGCGGAAAGCACUGGAUUGGUCCGUGAUCUCCCAGAAACUGAGGAGCUAUGCAAUGGAAUGUUCUCAUCGCUGGAUUUGUUUUUGUGUAUAUUCAAUCAUUUUAUAUCCUGUGUAAUGUAGGUACUGGCAAAAAGAACAAACCUGCCUGGGAUCAGCAGCACGGACAGAGGAGGAUUCAGAGGCAGACCCCGGGGUCAGAGAGGAAAUUGCCAAAGAGGACAGCGAGGCCGAGGCAGACCCUAUAGGUUAGUAUGACCAGAUGGGUGCUACAUGAACUGUUUUGUGCUAUAGAGAUGAGUUUGUAAACUUCUGCUUUUGGCAUUAAUCUGCUUACAGCUGCAUGCUGCGUUUAUCCCUUUCUAACAACCUCUCCUCCCCAUCCCUGCAGGAUAGAGGCUCUGCUUGCAUCUAGUCCUUUUUCACUAUAAAGCUUCUUUAAUACUAACACAUCUGAUGGAAAUAUCACUGAUCACAAAUGGUGUUCCAGAGUUCAAAACUUUAUUAACUGCGAUGUCUGUUAUAGCUCACCUACCAAUGUCAGGGCAAACCACGUAAACGGGAAGCACAUGGCAGUGGUUGACAGUGAUCUAACAGAUGUUCAGGUAACUAUUGGUUAGGGUUAUACACUUGGGCUACUGAAUACUCUACCUACAACCACCCCCUGAGAGUAUUGGGAGUUAGAGUACUAAAUUCUAUGGGAUAACUGAAGAUAUAUACCAACCUGCCUAAAACUAACUUGCUCUAGGUUUUAACUAUCAAAUCGAGGUUUCUAUGAACAAAUCUCCCAAGGUAACGAUUAAAUUCACCGCGCAGUAUCCUAGUCAGAAAUGUUUUGUUAUUCUUCCAGUGUUUGAUUUUAUUCUGUUUCCCAGUAGAUCGUGGAAGGAGAGACCAAUUGAAUAACAUAAUGGCACCAACCACCAUCGAGGAGGGUGUCUAACAAAUGCACUACAUGGAUCUGGAGUACUUAAGUCUUAUCGGGCACUGAGGGGGUGAUGUCUUUUUGGCUCUUCAGCACAAGAGGGAACAUCCUUUCAGGUCAUCUGCCAUGAAGUGAUUCCUUUAAUUCUAGAAGAGUUAAUUAAAAAGAAGAAAAACUGUAAAUAGCACAGGGCAUUGUAAUGAACUCCUAUUUAAUGUUGGCGUGAGUUUAUGUUUGUUACAUAAUAAACCAAUUUGUUGCCUUCAG